AUGAUAUUAUCAGCACCACAGAAAGGCUCAAAGAGGAACUCAAAAUCACCACUCAGAGAUAAAAUAUUGUCUCCUGCUUCCUUCACGAUUAUCAGCUCUCUAACCAAGAGAUCAAUGCACUUUAGGGAUGAAGACCUCAAUGAUAACUUCUUCAAGGAUCUUUCCCAUGUGCAACAAAUCCAUGCCAACUGCAAGGUCCUGCUGCGUACACACCAUCAGCGUGCUGGUUUGGAGCUCAUGGAUAUGAUGACUAUCUACCAAGAAGGAGCCUACGAGCGCCUUUGCAAGUUGGGUGGAGUUAUAUGGAGGUUGGAUGGAGUCGUUGUCGAUCUCGGUAACGACGAAUGA